CAAAAAGUUGGCACUUGCGGCAGACUCGUUUUGCGUAAAGGACCGAGUCUGAAUCAUGUAUUGCGCAGAAUCUCUGCACACUUACGAUUAAAUCACUGGAGAGAGGCGCAUCUCCACCUCUCAGGAUGCGAGUCGCGCGCUGAACGGUUUUGGGCAGGGGGUACCAAACUUGCGUAAAGAGCCUGAUUCUGCACAAGUAUUGAUUGCUUGUCAUAAGUAGGUGAUUGAUACAAUGGCAGCCUUACGGAAGAAAUUUGGCGAGGACUACCAGGUGGUAAACACCAACCACGGCAUGACUUUUACCGCACCGAUGAAGAGAAAGAGACAGCGGUUUGUGGAGAAGAACGGCCGCUGCAAUGUCCAGCACGGUAACCUUGGCGGGGAGACCAGCCGAUACAUUUCCGAUCUCUUCACCACGCUGGUGGAUCUAAAGUGGCGCUGGAACCUACUCAUCUUCACCCUCACUUACACAGUUGCGUGGCUGGUCAUGGCUUCAAUGUGGUGGGUUAUCGCCUUGAUCCGCGGCGACCUAAGCCUCGGCGGCCACGAUAAGUCCUACACCCCGUGCGUCGCCAACGUGUACAACUUUCCCUCCGCGUUCCUGUUUUUCAUCGAGACUGAAGCGACAAUUGGCUACGGCCACCGGUACAUCACCGAGAAGUGCCCGGAGGGUAUUAUCCUCUUCCUCUUCCAGUCGUUGCUGGGGUCAAUCGUGGACGCCUUCCUCAUCGGCUGCAUGUUCAUCAAGAUGUCGCAGCCGAAGAAGCGCGCGGAGACGCUGAUGUUCAGCCAGCACGCUGUUAUUUCGCAGCGGGACGGGAAGUUGUGCCUCAUGUUCCGAGUGGGGAACCUGCGGAACAGCCAUAUGGUGUCCGCGCAGAUCAGGUGCAAAGUCAUCAAGUCUCGGCAGACCCCAGAGGGCGAGUUCCUGCCCCUGGACCAGUGUGAACUGGACGUGGGUUUUGGAACGGGGGCGGACCAGCUCUUCUUGGUGUCGCCUCUAACCAUCUGCCACGAGAUCAACACCAAGAGCCCAUUCUUUGAUCUGUCGCAGCGCUCAAUCAUGAACGAGCAGUUUGAGAUUGUUGUCAUCCUAGAGGGCAUUGUGGAAACCACUGGUAUGACAUGCCAGGCGAGGACAUCUUACACCGAAGAUGAAGUUUUGUGGGGCCAUCGUUUCCUCCCCGUCAUGUCACUGGAGGAGGGCUUCUUCAGAGUCGACUACUCCCAAUUCCACAACCACUUUGAGGUCAAUACACCUCCCUACAGCGUCAAAGAGCAUGAGGAAAAGUCCUCGUUGACGUCGCCCAACUCUCCCUCUGUUGCACCCAACAGCUCCUCUCCUCAGCUGGGUAACAGUGGCCGUGGAGGCCGCAGGGAAAGACUCCUGUCAGCGGACUGUGUAGAUCACGUAGAGGACAAAGCCUCCAGGCUACCCAGCAAACUCCAGCGCAUGAGCUCCACCAAGGAUGAACACCUCUGGAGGGGACUGAAGACAAGGUCAAUUUUGCCUGGGGGUAAGGCCUCCAGCACAGGAGACCUUCCACUUAGUAUUCAGAGGCUGAGGUCCAGCUCCAUCCCCGUUGUGAGGAAAGAACAGCUGGAUGAACAGGUUCAGCUGCUGUCCAUGGAUGGAGAUGCUGAGGAGGGUGAGCUGGAGAAACACAGACUGCCAAAAGCUAUUAGCACCAUCACUGCUCCAACCCCAAUCCCAGUUAAGAAUCCCUCAGUAGGUAGUCGGCCUGAGAACAACCUGCCCGCCAAACUGCGUAGAAUGAAUGCUGAUCGCUGACUUCCGCAGACUACUUUUAAGACUUUUGGAAAUUGAAUCAGGCUUGAUGGGCAUUGCAUAUAAAUAAAGACUACUGUGAUACGAAGUUUUAUUUUUUUUUCUGCAGAUUUUAGCCAGUAUUUUAUCUUUACUUACGGGCUCUCUACUCAGUUGUCCAUUGCCACAAAUAGAAGGACAACGCCAAUAAGCCAUCCAUCCGCUCAUACUGUGAGUCAUUUUUGAUAGAUCACCAUCUGUGCCCCCAACUGACUUCUAACACUUCUGCCCUUGUGCUUGUUUCUCACACUUCUGUUCUUAGAGUCACAUCAAAGACUUUCUUAUCUCAAACAAUUACAAUUUUUUCAAUUAACAAAACCUGAAUUGACCAUUUGCUAAACCCCUCCCCAAAACAGCGAUUGCCCAAUCACAGUUUAGGAACAGUAACUAGGCACGGCAGGUCUGUCAAGCUUUAAAUGUCUAUGCCUCUAGCUUUGUACAUCGGACAUUCAUUUUCUAUGGAACAUAAGCGAAUCGAUUAUCAAGGUGUUGUGUGUUGCGAAAAAGGUUCAUGGUCAAAAGUUGAACAUUUUCAGCUUUAUGCAAAUGAGGGCAAAUUUAGCUUUGUCCGCUUCCAGUGACUCUUCUUCGUAAGAGUGAUACCUCUGCAUUUAUAGAGUUUGGAUGGUGGCGAAUUUCUUUUAACCUUCACAAAACCAAAAACACAACAGCAAAAGUAUGAGGAAUUGCUGAAACUGUGCAUUUAUGCGUCUAGUCUAAAAUAAUCUGCAAAUGUUAGCAUGUGGCUAACAGUCUUGCUAUCUACAGUACAAAACCAUUAUUACUUCUAAGGCCAAGGAGCACUAUAAUUAACCGACAGUAGUUUGUGGGGCUACAGGUCAUAUAAUAAAAACCUUCACAACUAGCACAUUCCCUGUGUAGUAUUUCCACACUGUGUAGUGUGUAGGCUAACGUUAGCAGCUCUGUCCUGCUCAACUGGUGAGGGAGCUGACUUUUUACACGGACCUAUUAGCUUUACCCUCAGUCUUUUAGCACAAUAUCAUGUAUGUAGACACCAAAUGGAUAUUUACGACCCCUUUUACAUAACUUUUAAAAGAGGCAGAUCAAGUUUUCAGCCAAUUUAUUGAGCUAAUGUUAGCUUAAUUAGCUAGCUAAUGUACAGCUGGCAAAAUUAACGGUUGCCGGCUACACAUGAGAAACCUGCUUUUGUCUACCUCUGUGUAAAACACCCAUUGAUCGAAUAUUACUAAGAAUUUCUAGUAGUAAAUCUGCCAUCAUUGUAAAUAAUGAGAAUGAAAGCCUGACAAGCGCAGUAACAGUAACUAAGGAGGACGGGGCUUAGCUAACGGUUAAUCAACUUAAUAAAUAUCCUGAAACACAAGUCAGGUUGAUACACAAUAUUUAUUUAUCACUUCUACUGAAUAUAUGCUUAUUUGAAUGUUCAUUUGAUUUGUAUGUUUACUACUGUACAAUUUAAGCUAUUUUUUACCUCUUGGUGCAGUGUUUGCAUUGGCCCGUUAGGCCUAUACACAUGGGCGACAAAAUGUAAUCCUUGAUCAAUCAUGAACUGAUUUAUUAAAAAUAUUUGGGAAUCCAGGGUUUCUGACACCAGGGGACACGUGUAUUAUUGCUAAUAUAAAGGUAAGUUAAAACUUCUCAUUGCAACUGCUUAAUAAUAAAAUA